CACAGAAAAAACUGCAGCUGAGGCAUUUGAGUGGGCAUGUGGCUACUGGAGAAACUCCGUAGCUCUGUGGAGAGUAGUAAAGGGACACAAUCUGAACCCCCGCAGACAGUAGAGGCCAUUCCCAUCUCUGUUUAUGCCAAUGUCCUCACUCCAGACAAGAUCCCCGACUUCUUUAUCCCCCCUAAACUUAUCUGCUGUCCACCAGAGGACUCUCUCACCCCAGAACCUCAGCUCCGUUCCACCCUGAGACCUUCAGCCUCUGACCAUGCCAUUUGCAGCCAGAGCCCCAGAGCUCGGAGCAGCAAGAACCCCUGCAGCCCUCGCCUCUUUUCCCGCCUGGGGGGAGACGCACGCAAUCUGCAGAAGUCCGCCAACCGUCACAUCAUCCAAAUAGAGAGUGCAGAUGAGCCAGGUGCUGGUUCUGUGGACAGAGUCAGUGUUGAUGUCAACACCAAUGCAGACCCUCAGUCACAGACUGCCAUGUCUCUGCCGUAUGUCCCUAAGGCUCAGACCUCCUAUGGCUUUUCCACUCUGGUGGAGUCUCCUCACACCCGACGCAAGGAGAGCCUGUUCCACAGCGACCCCAGCAGCCCGCUCGCCUCCCCAAACUCACAGAGGCGCUCCCAAGGGGGGACUCUACUGGCCCCUGCUGACCCCAACCCCUACCGCUAUUUUAGUGGUGGAGAGAGUGACACCUGCUCUUCAGCAGAGUCGUCUCCUUUCAACUCCCCUCUCCUGUCCCGCUCUGCCUCCCUCUUACGCUCCAUCACCCAGGAGACACAAGCAAAGGUGUCCCGUGCCAAGCGCUCCCUGGCGCGCCACAGUUCUCUCUCAACCGAUGAAUGCAGCUCAGCAGACAACAGCCCCAACAUGCAGCGCCGCCGCAUGCGCUGCCCUCCCUCUCCUGCCUUCAGAGGAUGUAAGAGCAGCGGCCUGAGGGGCGCAGCGACACACCUCCUGCAGCGCGAGCAUACUGUCAACCUCCACAAGGGGGGGACACUUAGGCUGAGCACUCACUAUGACCCAGAGGCAGCUCGGUUGAGGGUACGCGUGCUCACGGCAGAGGCCCUCUAUGACAGGCAGACAGAUCUCAAAAGUAUUAAUUGCUGUGUGGCACUUUACCUGAACCCUGGCAAGCAGCAGAAACAGAGAAGCACCAUCAUCAAGAACAGCAGGAAUCCAGUGUUCAACGAGGACUUUUUUUUUGACGCGCUGCCUCAGGCAAAAGUGAAGACUCUGGCCAUGAAGAUAAAAGUAGUGAACAAAGGAACGAGUCUGAAGAGAGAUGUGCUGCUAGGAGAGAGGGAGGUGCUGCUCAGCGAGCUGCUGGAAGCCCUCUAGGGAGCUCCUGUCAAGACUUGGUGAAAACAAGCAGCUCUGCACCUUGAAGGCCCUUUCUUCUCCAGCUACCUUUUUAUCCCUCCUCACAGAUCUGAUAACUACUGGACACGUGAAAGCAUGGUCAUGACAAGGGAGUUUUAUCUUGCACACUGUGUCAUGUACAUCAAAGGACACAAAGCAGCGGACGCGGUAGAAUUAAAGGUCCAACUCUACUAGGUUCAUGUUUUCACAGAAGUCGGUCCAGGUCAAACAAAGCACCAUUAUUUACAUGUUUACCAGUAAAUGUGAACAGUGGAUCCGUGCUCCAUGUUUGUGUACUUCUCUUUGUGUAUUGAGUUACAGUGUUGCCUUCUCUGAUGAACGUUGUGACGUGGCACUGUUUGAUUUCGACCGUGAUGCAAUGACGAUGCUGUUUAAGCUGGAGCUGUAUUUUUGUAAUAAUGCAGUAAAAUAACAUGUGUGAGUUUUUGCACGUACCUGUGGAAAUGAC